AGUAAUAGGCCUACUGGUGGCAAAGGUUUCACAUCCUCUUUGUUCGUUGGCAGUAACGUUGGCUAGCUAGGUUUACUUUCUGCCGUCUCAUGCGGCGCUCACUAGCAAAGGUAGCUAAGAUACUGAUUGGCACAUGGGCCAUAAUGGAUUCCCCCAUUCCGCUCUCCUCUCUGCGCCUUUUGGUUCCACCUCUACGGCUGAUGUCUGCAUUUAUGUGGCAGGUUGCACAACAGAGGGCCAUUAAGCACUAUGGAAAAUUAGAGGAGUUUGUGACCGUGGUAACACAAACUGUCCCAGAACUUAUGACUGACAGACAGAGGACCCUCCUUAUUUUGGGUCUGAGAGCAAGAGUAAACCCUGUCAGCCUCCGGACCCUCCUUUAUAGAAUAAAGUCUUCUCAACAUGCACAGUCCAAUGAUGCAGGCAUGGAAUCACCUGAAGCUAACUUUUCCAAGCUCACCCAAAGCUUGAUUAUAGACCCGGUUGAGCGUGAACACUUCGUCCAAGUGGUGUUUCCUGAAGAAUUCAGACCUGAUUUUGACCAAGUGCUUCAGGAACUGGUCUGUGACUUCCUCACUCGGCUGGAAGAGCUGCUUACACUACCAGACUUUAAGCAGACUGCAUUGUUGCUGAGUGCUGGCUCCUCUGGCCUGGAUGAAUGCCUGCAAUCUUUCUCUCACUCAGAAGAUCUCCAGUUUCUGCUCCAGAAUUACAAACAAUGCAGAACAUUGUACACAAACAUUUCCUCCUCUGACAUUCCUCAGGAAUCAGAUAUUGAAUCUGAUGCUUUCCCUGACCAGUUAAACCGUACCAAUCUGGACACUGGUGUGGGGAUGAGGACUGGGAUACAAAGCAGAGACUGCCAAAGGAUGGAGUUGGCAUCACAUUUAGUGGAAAUGGGGAGCACAAGAGAUAUUAUAGGCUGCGAUGAAACCUGUGAUGAAGGGAAUGAAGAUGACAUUGAUGUAGAGGACGACCCAAAACAGAAAAGGGCUGGUUCUGGUCUUUCUCCUACCAGUGUCAUGCAAGGUGGUGAUACAGACACUGUUGCAGGGGUAUCGUUUCAGGUGUUGACUCCUCUUUCUUCAGCUUCAAAUGAGUGUGCCCCAUCUACUUCCAGUUCAUCACACRUGAACAUUUUCCACCAGUGUCCCCAGUGUGGRAARUGCUUUAAUUAUCAGUCUCAACUUGUCCAACACCAGCAAAUUCACUGUGGGGACAAUCCAUACAAGUGCUCCAACUGCGGGAAUAGAUUCAAAUUCUUUACAAGUCUGUCAAAUCAUAAGAGGAUGCAAUGUGUGGGCACUGCCUUUAGCUGYCYSAAGGUUAUCGUACAGGUGACUGUUCAGAACUGGGACGGGACUGCCCUAGAUGUCCUGGUUGGACCAGAGGAUGCCAGAGGGCCCCCGACUGUGCUUCGUGAAAUCAAACAAGCCAAAGCUCAGAAUGAUGGGUAA